AGCAGGGUUAAACCAUAGGAGACACCGCCUGUUAAAAUGAGUCUCUACAAGGAGAGAGAGGAGGGGGAUGUUGUUCAGAACCAGACAGCAGCAUCUCCAGAACCCAGCUGUGUGUCUAUGAAGAGUGUUGAGUCCAUGAGAAAACCCCUAACGUUCAGUAAUGAACCACUGAUCUUCAGCCCCAGAUCACAUGGAAGUCAUACAGCAUCAUCUCCAGAGCCCAGCUGUGUGUCAAUGAAGAGUGUUGAAUCCAUGAGAAAACCCCUUACGUUCAGUGAUAAGACAGCGAUCUUCAACCCUAGAUCAUGUGAAAGUCAGACAGCAGCAUCUCCAGAGCCCAGCUGUGUGUCUAUGAAGAGUGUUGAAUCCAUGAGAAAACCCCUUACAUUCAGUGAUAGGACAGCGAUCCUAAACCCCAGAGAUUAUCAGACUGGAGAACUGCAGGUUUCUCACUUACCAGUAGAUGAUGUACUACAGAAAGUCAAAGACCAGCACAAAACCAGCAUGAAUAACAAGUAUGAGAGAUUAUUUGAAGGAAACAACCUACAUGAGAAUGCAACCCUUCUGAACAGCAUCUACACGCAGCUGUACAUCAUCGAGGGAGAGAGUGAAGGAGUGCAUGAAGACCAUGAGGUUUUACAGAUGGAGAAAACACCCAGAACACAACACUCUCAAGAAAUUCAAAUCUUCUGCAAUGACAUCUUUAAACCCUUGGUGGGACCAAGCUGUAAAGUGAAAGACAAAAUAAAGACUGUUCUUACUAAAGGCAUUGCUGGAAUUGGAAAAACCGUUUCUGUGCAGAAGUUCAUUCUGGACUGGGCCGAGGGCAAAGCAAAUCAGGAUGUAGAUUUCAUGUUUGUGCUUCCAUUUCGAGAGAUGAACUUGAUUAAAGACAAUCAGUACAGUCUUCACAGACUUCUGCUGGACUUUCAUCCUGAACUUCAAGAUCUGAACUCAAAAGUUUAUGAGGAGUGUAAAGUUGUGUUUAUCUUUGAUGGUCUGGAUGAAAGCAGAAUCACACUGAUGUUUUCAGAUGAUGAAAAAGUUAGUGAUGUGAAUGAGACUUCAUCAGUGGGUGUGUUGAUGUCAAAGCUCAUGAAAGGAGAGCUGCUUCCCUCUGCUCUCAUCUGGAUCACCACCAGACCAGCAGCAGCCCAUCAGAUCCCCUCCAAAUACAUCAACCUUGUGACUGAAAUUCAGGGAUUCAGUGACCCUCAGAAGGAGGAAUAUUUUAGGAAGAGAAUCAGUGACGAGCAUCAAGCCAUCGGAAUCAUUUCACACAUUCGAAGGUCAAGAAGCCUCCACAUCAUGUGCCACAUACCUGUCUUCUGCUGGAUCUCAGCCAAUGUGCUUCAAAACCUCCUGAAACAAGAUGAAAGAUCAGAAAUCCCUCAAAAUCUGACUGAAAUGUACAUCCAUUUCCUGCUGAUUCAGAUCAACAAAAGAAAUCAGAAGUAUGAAGAGAGAGAUCCAGAGAAACUCCUGCAGUCCAACAGAGAUGUGAUUGUGAAACUUGCUGACCUGGCCUUCAAACAGCUGAUGAAGGGCAAUGUCAUGUUUUAUGAGGAAGACCUGAAAGAGAGCGGUAUAGACGCCACUGAUGCCUCUGUGUAUUCUGGGAUUUGCACUGAGAUCUUUAAGGAGGAAUCGGUGAUUAAUCACAGGAAGGUCUACUGCUUCAUACAUCGGAGCUUUCAGGAGUUUCUGGCUGCUUUAUUUGUGUUUUACUCCCAUCUGAUAAAGAAUAUGGAGUCAUUGCAGUUUUUUCUGGAUAACAGACAUGAGAGCUACACGUCUAAGCAAAACCCUUUGUGUGAGCUUCUUAAAUCAGCAGUUGAUAAAACUCUUCAGAGUACAAAUGGUUACCUGGACCUUUUUCUGAGGUUCCUUUUGGGCAUCUCACUGGAGACCAAUCAGAGACUCUUAAAGGAUCUACUGACAAGUAAAGAAGACAGCUCAGAGACCAUCAGAAAAAUCACACGGUACAUUAAAGACAAAAUUAAGGAAAGCUACGGUUACUUAGCUAACAGAUCCAUUAGUCUGUUCCUCUGCCUUCUUGAAGUUAAUGAUCAGACUCUGUACAGAGAGAUUCAGGAGUUUGUGCAAUCAGGUGAACAUUCAGAGAAUAAACUUUCCCCUGGUCACUGCUCAGCAAUAGCCUACAUGCUUCAGAUGUCAGAGGAAGUGCUGGAUGAAUUUGAUUUCAUGAAAUACAACACAUCAAAUGUGGGUAAAAUGAGACUGAUACCAGCGAUGAUUAAUUGCAGAAAAGCUAUCCUUGUUGGAUGCCGUCUAUCUGAUCAGCACUGUGAAAGUUUGUCUACCGCUCUGCAGUCAUCAAACUCCCAUUUAACAGAGCUGAACCUGAAUAACAAUGACCUAAAGGAUUCAGGAGUGAAGCUGUUCUCUGUUGGACUCAAGAGUUCAGACUGUCAACUGAAAAUACUCAGUAUGGCAGGUUGUGGAUUUACUGGUCAGUGCUGUGAAAGUUUGUCUUCAGCUCUCCAAUCAUCAAACUCCCAUCUGAGAGAGCUGAACCUCAGUAACAAUUGCCUGCAGGAUUCUGGAGUGAAGCUGCUCUCUGAUGGACUGAAGGGUUCACAUUGUCAACUGAACAUACUGAGAUUGGUCAACUGUAAUAUCACUGGUGAGUGCUGUGAAAGUUUGUCUUCAGCUCUACAGUCAACCAACUCCUGUCUGAGAGAGCUUGACCUUAGUAACAACGAUCUGCAGGAUUCAGGAGUGAAGUGGCUCUCUGAUGGACUGAAGAGUUCACAUUGUCAACUGAACAUACUGAGAUUGUCUGGCUGUAUGGUGACAGAGCAAGGCUGUCAAUAUCUGUCUUCAUCUCUGAGGUCAAACUCCUCACACCUGAGAGAACUGGAUUUGAGCUACAAUCAUCCAGGAGAUUCAGGAGUCAAACUGCUCAACCAUCCAAACACACUAGAUAAACUUAAUGUGGAUAAUGGAGGAGAGUUGAGGAUUACAGCAGGCCUACACAAAUAUGCCUGUGGUCUCACCCUAGAUCCAAACACAGCUCAUGCACGUCUCAUUCUGUCCGAAAAGAACAGAAAGGUGACAUUUGUGGAAAAGCCUCAAUCAUAUCCUGAUCAUCCAGAAAGAUUUGAUGGGUGUCCUCAGGUUCUGUGUAGAGAUAGUCUGUCUGGACGCUGUUACUGGGAGGCUGAAUGGAUUGAAAAUGCUAUUAUAUCAGUGACAUAUAAAGGAAUCAGAAGGAAAGGAGGAAGUUGUGCCUGUGAAUUUGGAUACAAUAAGCAUUCCUGGAGUCUGAUAUGUUAUAACAACAAAUUUUCUUUCUGGCACAAUCUUAUUUCAAUUGACAUAUGUUUCCCUUCACACUCCUGUAGGAGAGUAGGAGUGUAUGUGGACGUGUCAGCUGGCACUCUGUCCUUCUACAGUGUCUCUGACACACACACACUCACACACUUACACACAUACAAUAAUGCAUUCACUGAGUCUCUCUAUGCUGGAUUUACAGUUUUUGAUUCACUGUCUCUGUAUCAGUGAGUAACAACAGAGACAGCAGUGAUCAGCUCUUUCUUUUUUGCUCAUCCUACACUUUUUGCACUGGAAACAGUUGACCUCAAACCAAAUCAAUGAGAGGUAGCUGUUUGCCAGUGGAGGAUAGCUUGGCUGGCAGUGCAGGAUGAGAGAUUUUUCCAAUUGGUAUUCCUUCCAACUGAGUUGUUUUUCACCCUCAUGCCCCUGACUGAUUUAAUGUAUUAUUUUGCUGCAUACCACUGCAAAAAAUGUCCAAAUAUUCCAGUCAGUGUUUUAGUCUAAUAGGUUGUUUGCACAUGACGUCACGAGGCGGUGCGAAAUGCAGAUGGAGGGCAGGAAGUGAUUUUCUUCACAGAGAGCAGUAUCAAAUGCCUCUGUUUUGCUGCGUUUUAUGGUUGCUCAAAUCGAGAAACCACAAGGAGCUUUUAUCAUCUACCAAAACCUGUUGUUCAUCAGGGGGAAAAAUGAAAGAAAUUGACUGAAAAAUUCAAGAAAAGGUGACUUGUAAACCUGCGUCUGUAUGAAUACGAAUCAUAUACAAGUGCAUCUCAAAAAAUUUAAAUAUCGUGAAAAAGUUAUUUUUUUUAUUGUAACAUUUCAAAAAGUGAAACUUUCAUAUAUUCUAGAUUCAUUACAUGUAAAGUAAAAUAUUUCAAAAGUUUUUUUUGUUUUAAUUUUGAUUAUUAGAGCUUACAGCUCAUGAAAGUCCAAAAUCCAGUAUCUCAAAAUAUUAGAAUAUUUCCUAAGAUCAAUCAAAAAAAGGAUUAGCCAAGCAGAAAAGUUCAAGUUCUUUAAAGUAUGUUCAUUUAUGCACUCAAUACUUCGUCGGGGCUCCUUUAGCACAAAUUCCAGCAUCAGUGAGGUGUGGCAUGGAAGCAAUCAGCCUGUGGCACUACUGAGGCACUAUAUUGAGCCUUUAACUCAUCUGAAUUGUUGGAUCGACUGUUUCUCAUCUUUCUCUUGAAAAUAUCCCAUAGAUUCCAUAUGGGGUUCAGGUCAGGCAUGUUGGCUGGCCAGUCAAGCACAGUAAUAUCAUGGUCAGCAUCUCCAUAAAGCUUUUCAGCAGAUGGAAGCAUAAAGUGCUCCAAAAUCUCCUGGUAGACGGCCGCAUUGACUUUGGACUUGAUAAAACACAAUGGACCGACACCAGCAGACGACACGGCGCGGCACCCCAAAUCAUCACUGACUUCGGAAACUUCACACUGGACUUCAAGCAGCUUGGAUUCUGUGCCUCUCCACUCUUACUCCAGACUCCAGACCUUGAUUUCCAAACGAAAUGGAAAAUUUACUUUUAUCUGAAAAGAGGACUUUAGACCACUGAGCAACAGUCCAGUUCUUUUUCUCUUUAGCCCAGGUAAGAUACUUCUGAUGUUGUUUCAGAAGUGGCUUGAUAGCCCUUUUCCUGAAGACGUCUGAGCAUGGUGACUCUUGAUGCACUUACUCCAGCUUCAGUCCACUCCCAAGUGUUUGAAUCGGCUUUGCUUGACUGUAUUCUCAAGCUUGCGGCCAUCCCUGUUGCUUGUGCACCUUUUCUACCCAAUUUCUUCCUUCCAGUCAACUUUGCAUUUAAUAUGCUUUGAUACAGCACUCUGUGAACAGCCACCCCUUUCAGCAAUGACCUUCUGUGACUUACCCUCUUUGUGGAGGGUGUCAAUGAUUGUCUUCUGGACCAUUGCCAAGUCAGCAGUCAUCCCCAUUAUUGUGGUUUCAAAGAACAAGAGAUACCCCAAAUUUAUACUGUAGGGAUGGUCAUUAAUGAAGCUUAAAUGUAAAUAUUCUAAUAUUUUGAGAUACUGAAUUUUUGACUUUCAUGAGCUGUAAGCUCUAAUCAUCAAAAUUUAAAAAAAAAAACUUUUGAAAUGUUUUACUUUACAUGUAAUGAAUCUAGAAUAUAUGAAAGUUUCACUUUUUGAAAUGUUACAAUAAAAAUUUUUUUUAGAUGCCCCUGUAAAUCAUAUGGAUUACAUUUAUGUAUUUCAAUGAAUGGAUAGAAAUGGUGAGAGAAUGUUAAACAUAUCAUCUUAUAUUUUUCAAAGAUGAAUUAAAGUCUUAUGUGUUUGGAACGACAUGAGGGUGAGUAAAUUAUUUUCUUUUUUGUAUUCAUAUUUAGUUGUUUUCUUUAUGCAUGUGAUGUUUUUUGUGAAAACUUGCCGCUAUCUGUAUUAACGUGUCCAUGGCAACAGUAAAACAUUAUAAAUGCAAAGUCGCUGUCAUGAAACACUUAGGGGUUUCCCUUACCUAAGAAAAACAGGAUUAUAUGCAACCUGUCAUUCCCAUAGGUAAGAGGAAAUCAUACAUUAAGUCUCGUAUGUUAAGGGAAAAAUUAAGGUGCUUUAUGCAACCGGCCACUGGAGAGCAAGUUGCUUAUCGGCUCAAUCCCAGGCAAAUAUGUCAAUUCAGUAGAAAAAUCGCUCCUCUUUAUUACAUAAGGAUCACGUCCAACACAUGAUUUGAUUUUCUGUUGAUACUUUUCUCUUGUAAUGGUGAUUAAAACAGUACAGAUGGACUUUCCUCCAUCUCUUCCAUUCUGCUUUUCACUUCCUGCCCUCCAUCUGCAUUUCGCGUGUCAUCAGAAUUACGUGAUUGCAAACAAACUAUCAGGUGAUUUAAGUCCAUUAACUCUCAUUCUGACGGACUCCCUCACCAGUGCACAGUGACGGCGCUACACCGGGGCUAGGGGGGCUAUGGACUAGGUGCACAAGAUGGCGUGGGUGAGCUUCGGCAACGUGAGUAUGUGUAUGCUUACUUUCGGUCUCUGCGGCAUUCACAUUUACUGUAAGGGGAAACUUGGCUAUAUAAUUUUUUUUCAAAAUAAAUAGCGGAUAGUGGUAUAUCAAAGAUCCUUCUUGUAUUAUUGCGUACCUCUGUUUGGAAAUUCAUCAAGAUACAACGUGGCGAUUACUUCAUUCUUUCUUAUGUUUAUGAUGCGGUUCAGCAUCAGUGGUUUGUCAAAAUCCACGGCGAUCUUGUCAUUCAAACACAAACCACUCAAAUGUGAAACGCUGCACAUUUUCAAAGACUUGAUUUUAUUCUGAUUGCUGUGUCAUGACCUGGACAUUCUCCUUGUGCUUAGAACAACUCUUUCUAAAAGAUCUGAUCAGAUCAUGAGGUUUGUGACUGUCAAAGAGAUGCUCAGAGAUUUCUGCAUUAUGGACCCAAUGUAUGUUUUAUUAACUUAAUUUCGUAACAUUAUUUGUAACUGUAUCUGUUUAACAAUUUAAUUAGGCUAUGUAUUUAUUAAAAGAUUGGUGUGUGCAAUUCCCUACUGUGUUUUUAUAAAUAUGUAUCUGUUUUGUGAAAAUGAGCAUCUGUUACACAAAUAAUUAUCUGUCGGGUGUCUAUAAGCAGUGCAUACACUAUAUUUUUACAGAUUAUUUACAUUUAUUAAAAAAAAUAAUACAAAACUUUAAAUCUAUAACUAUUGUCUCUUUUUGUCUCAAAUAUAUCUGAUGCAAAGAUAACUGUGUAAAUGUAAAAUGUUAAAAUAUGUUGUUAAAUGUUGAUGGAACAAACUGAUUCAUGUGCAGAAUUGAGAAACGGAUAUUCAUAGCCCCGUUUCCAUGGCAGGAAGAUCAAUUGAUGUCUCACAAGACAAUGUAUUUCAGUUAAAAACAAACAAACAAACAAACAAACAAAGUAAUACAAACAUUUUUGAGAAAUAAGUCAUCUAUAAAUUUACAUAAUUGGUAAGGAAAAAAGUAAUCUAUGUGAACACACCAUGAGUUCGUCAACUUCCAUUUUGUGAACAGUAUAGAUUGGUAUAUUUCAUUCAUUCACCGGACCCAAACAUAGGUAAGUUUCAAAUGCCACUGGCUCAAUUAACACAAACAGUAUAGUAAUAAUAGUAAUGACCUUAGUUGUAUUUUAUGUAAUAUUAUAAAUCCUGUAAACAUGAAUAGAAGGUAAUCUUAAAAGUCAGAAUCAAGGCCAGAUUUAAUCAUGGAAAUCCUUCAAAAUCUCUUUGAGUUAAAGCAAAGUAGAAUAGAAGUACAGUUUAUGUGGGUUCCAGCCCAUGUGGGAAUUAAAGGAAAUGAAGAAGCAGAUAAAUUAGCUAAGCAAGUAGUAGAUGAUGAAAUGGUAGAAAUUGAACUACCACAUAGUAUAAGAGAAAUAAGAUCAGUAAUAAAAGAGAAAGUGAUUAAAAAGUGGCAAGAGUAUUGGGACAAUGAGAAUAAAGGGAGACAUUUAUAUGCAAUAUAAAAGAAAGUGGGAAAAGGUAGAAAAAGUGGGAGAAAUAGGAGGGAGGAAAGUAUAAUUACAAGACUAAGAAUGGGGCAUACAGGUUUGAAUAAAACAAUACUGUAAUGGAGUUGAGGCGGAAGCCGAAGUAGAAUCCAUAUGCAGGGUCUAUUAAACAGUUCCACAAUCCAAACUCAGUGUCAGCAAGGCAAGCGGUGAGGUCGAUACACAAGGAGGCAGUCCAAACAGGCAAAAGUGCAAUCCAAAAGAGAAGUCAAGAGAAACAGGAAAACCGGUCAUACACAGGAGAAAUAGACAGUGAUACAAACGCUUGGUAAGGCAGGGUAAACUGGCAAUACUUCACAAAGAUGCAAUGUGGUGGCCAGGUUAAUAUGGCUGCCAAACAGGAAGUAGCUGCAGAGAAAGAGCUCACAGUCAAAACUCAGGCGAGAGCUCCCUCUGCUGGCGUGGUGUUACAAAUACAUUUAAUAUCUAAACAUCCAACGGGACUGUGUGAGAAAUGUGGACAGAGUGAAACUGUAGAACAUGUGAUUAUUAAUUCAUUAACCCUGCUGUUGCUGGAAUCCAAGAUGGCGGCACGUCUAUGUUUGUGUUGAAUGGACCUUCCCUGUGAUUAUCUGCUGAUUGCGUGUGGACUUGCAUAACGAAAGGGAAGACGCUGGACAGCUUUAUCCCUUCGGCGUGGGACAUGGUUUGUUGGCCAACUCUGCUGAUCGCGUUUGGGCUCUGAUAUCGCUACUAAGGAAGGGAAGGUGCUGGCCCAUUGGGUUUAAUGGAUUACGUCCUCAUUCGCUAAGGAAAGUGCUUAUUUUACACCGUAACGCAAGUGGCUUUGUCCAUUUAGCGUUUUGAUAAAUUGGUUACCGGUCGAUGCUUUGAUGGUGAUCCUUUUCUGUUUGCUUUCUCUUUUCGGCACCUGGACGUGAUUUGGUGUUGGAGUGGAUCUCCCUUCUGCUUCGUGGCGUCGGGCAGCGUUUCGUGGGAAAAGGGCGAGUUGAAGUGCCCUAGACUACGCAUCAGCUAGAAGGAUUCGAAUGAUUUUUUUGAGGCUGUCAACCCAGUCGGACACUUGAUGGACAAUGCUGUACAUUACUUUUAAUUGUGCGGCUCUAGUGGCCUUACUUUUUCUUAUAUUCAACCAGGGAAACAUCGGUUACAGGUAUGACUCACUCUCCCAGUCACAUCACGAUAUUCCUGUAACUUUAAAAUCGACAAAUUGGACAAGUGGUGUAUACACAAACUUUUAUGUUCUCUGGAACUGCCGAUUGAAAUUACUGCUUUCAAAUUUUGUGUAUGAUGACUCUAUGUCUGCUCAAACAAAAAAAGAACCCAGCAUUGUUAACCAUUUCACUUGUUCAAAUUCAUCUGCUAGAAAUGUAAAUCAAACAGUAAGGCGAUGGAGUUUUAUAAUUCUUAUGUUAUUGUUAUCAGGAAAUGUUUUGCCAAAUCCUGGUCCUUAUAAUGAUACUGCUUCGAUUUUUAAAGUUCCUGCCGAUCUUACAUCCAGAUCAUGUCUAGGUUUUAUCCAUAUGAAUGUGAGAAGCCUGCUUCUCAAAUUGGACUUGCGUAUCUGGGCAAAAAAUACCAGUGUUGACAUUAUAGUAAUUUCUGAAACAUGGCUUAAUAAAACGGGGGGGGGUAGCAGUUUAUGUUAAGGAUAGAUUCGAAGUUGGAGUGUUACUUUCUGUCAGUAGUUAAAAAAUAUGAAUUAUUAGCUUUAAACCUGAUUGUUUCCAAACCUUACAUCUUACAGUAGUUGGCUGUUACAGACCACCAUCAGCUAGUAAUGAUGCCAUUUCCUCUCUGAUGCACUCGGUGACUUCCUUGAAUUACAAAGAGCCGGUCCUUCUGGGUGAUUUUAAUGUGAAUUGGCUGCAGUCGGCAUCUGAUAGUUUUAAAGCAAUCUGUAAUACUCUUAAUCACUUUCAGUUAGUUGAGACAACUACUAGACCUAAUUUGAAGGAUCGUAAAAAGUCCACAUUAAUUGAUCUCAUUUUUAGUAAUGCUCCCCAUAAGUACUCUUUAGCUUCUGUAUAUGCUAACGAUGUUAGUGAUCACUGUGUCGUUGCCAUAGUCAGAGACACCAAAUUACCUAAGUAUAAACCACGUAUUAUCACUAGACGAUGUUUGAGACACUUUAAUGAACAAGGUUUUCUUCUUGACGUAGCACAUUACAACUGGGAUAGGAUUUUUCUUAUCCCUGAUGUUGAGUCUGCCUGUAUAUAUUUCUAUGAUGGUUUUAUAUCGAUCAUCAAUAGGCAUGCACCUUUUAAAAAAUUCCGUGUUAAAGGUUGGGAAAAUCCCUGGUUUUCUGAAGCCCUAUCUGCUCUUAUCCGUGAGCGUGAUGUUGCUUGGGCAAAAGCCAGACAAUCUGACUUAAGCUCCGACUGGAUUUAUUUUAGGCAGCUUCGGAAUAAAUGUACAGUCGCUAUCAGAAAGGCUAAGGCUGAUUAUUUCACUGCAAAUUCUACUCUUAAUGCAAAUAAUCCCAAGAAAUUUUGGCAAAAUAUAAAGUUGAUAACAGGUAGUAAAAACUCCUCUAGCUUUCCUUUAUGUAUAAAUAUGGAUUCCACUAACAUAUCAGAUAAAGAACAAAUGCUGAAUUGUUUUAAUAAGCAUUUUGUUGCCUCCGGGUUUUUAUUUGAAUAACAAAAUUUAGCAUGUUCUGAUUCUGAUUUUAUUAAUGUUGAAAGUCGUUUAAAAAAGGAUGAAUUUAGAUUUUAACAAAUUAAGAGUUCUGAUGUUUAUAAAGCACUCAAAUUGCUUGACACUAACAAACCACCAGUCCCUGACUAUGUGGAAUCUGUUUAUUUGAAAUUAGCAGCUGACUUUAUCACAUCUCCUCUGACUUAUAUUUUUAAUCUUUCAUUAAAUACCGGUGUCAUUCCGGGAAUCUGGAAAUCAGCUUUUGUUGUUUCUCUAUUAAAAGGGGGAGAUUCUACUAUAUUAGAUAAUUAUAGACCAAUUUCGAAGCUCUGUGUUUUAUCAAAGAUCUUAGAAAGCCUUAUCAGUGAACAGUUGACAUGUUAUUUGAACGUAAACAAAGUGUUGUCUUUUAAUCAAUCUGGGUUUCGUAAAAAACACAGUACUACAACAGCUGCA